UAUUCUAUAUUUAAACAUUUGUUUAUAUCCGACAAAAAUACGCGCGAAGUUUUGACGUUUGUGCAUGAAUUAAAAAGUGAUUAUCUAUGGAUCAUUGUUGUAAUCAAGAUUAAUAGCCAGAGGCCGCGAUGAGGAAGUGGGCGGCGCUCGCGUGGCUGAUCGCGGCCGGCCUGAUACAGCAGAGGUCACCAGCAGUACGCACGCGGGGCGGUCUCGUACGCGGGUCACUCAGCGCCGACGGCACCUACCACCAGUACCUCGGCAUACCAUACGCCACCGUCGACCACACCAACCGGUUCCAGGCCCCGUUACCGCCACUGAGCUGGGAUGGGAUAUUUGAAGCGACCAAUAUAAACACAUGGUGCCCGCAAAAAGUCAUCGGCAGUCUGACUAUUGGCGAUGCAGACUGCCUAAGAUUGAAUGUAUACACACCAGCCAACGCCAAACCCGACCAGCUACUACCUGUAAUGGCCUACAUUCAUGGCGGAUGUUUCCUGCACGGAACUGGUGCGCCUUACCUAUACGGACCAGAUUUCUUGGUAAAACAAGGAAUAGUGUACGUAGGAAUCAGUUACAGACUUAGUGUUGAAGGUUUUCUAUGUCUGGGCAUUAAAGAAGCACCAGGUAACGCAGGACUCAAAGAUCAAGUAGCCGCUUUAAAGUGGAUACAAGAGAAUAUAAGAGCAUUUGGUGGAGAUCCAAAUAAAGUGACUUUGUUCGGCGAAAGUGCUGGUGCAACUUCUGUAGCAUUUCUUCUUUUAUCACCGGCUGCUAAAGGCCUGAUUCAUAAGGGAAUUUUGCAGAGCGGCUCACCUAUAGUACCAUGGGGACUACAACACGAUCCUAUAAAAACAGCCAGUACUCUAGUCAAAGAAUUCGGAUACGACACCAAAGAUCCACACGAGAUAUACAAUAUAUUAUCAAAUAAAACGGUUAGUGAACUGAUAAAUGCGAUUAGAUAUUCCGAACAUAAAAACCUCAUUACUGCUGAGACAUUGUUCGUUCCGUGCAUAGAGAAAGAUAUUCCUGGCGUGGAGCCGAUUAUAACAAAGUAUCCCAUGGACAUAAUCAAAUCCAAUAACUAUACCAAAGUACCUAUGAUAUUUGGUGUCAACGAUAACGAGGGCAUUUACUUCGUAUCCGCAGACUACGGGACACGUGUCAAGAAAGUAGAUCCCACUAUAAUAUACCAGCCGCUGCAAUCAGAUUUGGAGUUCCCAACGGAAUUGGACAAAAAUGAGACCGCAAAAAAGAUUAUACGUCAUUAUUUUUCAUCUGAGAAAGAUGAUUAUGUAAUGGAUAUGGUAGAUUACUACUCUGAUGUCCACUUCAAGUUUCCUUCUGCUAUUUUCUCGGAGCAGUAUGAGAAGACAAGUGAUCAGCCGAUCUACUAUUAUGUAUUCAAGUAUAAUGGGUACAUAAAUAUGGCAAAAGUCAUCUCUAAUUUUGCCGGCAAGCCUGGAGCGUCGCACGCUGAUGAAAUUUUCUAUCUGUUUAAACCGCACUCGUUUCCUCUGCCUCACAGAUAUUUGGAGAACGAUAUGAUAAAACGCAUGGUGACUAUGUGGACCAACUUUGCUAAAUACAGUGACCCGACGCCGGCGCGGUCGCCGCUGCUGCCGGUGCGCUGGCCGGCGAGCGGCGGCUCCGAGCCGACAGCUCUCAUCAUCGACGCACAGCUCAGCACCGGGCCCAUCUGGGACCGCCGAUCGCUCGCACUCUGGAACGACACUUAUACGAAAUAUAGAAGAAAAGUCUAUGGUUUCCAUAAGCAUGUUAAUUCUAAUAUACAUAACACAGUUAGUUCUAAAUAGAGUUGGAGUGUUUAUACUGAAGAUACUUGGUACACGACAUUUAUAAAAUAAGA